GUGCCUGACCUUAGGAAACACUGGCUUUUCGUACACCCAGACAUGGGUGGGUGUACAUAUGCCUCAGACAUAGUUGGAAGAAUUACUUAUGAUCAUCAUAGUGCAUUCGUAAGUAAAACUGAAGAUAGCAGACUGAUUACUUUCUUGGGUAGUUUUCAUUACCUUCAUACUUUGACUCAUUUUCUGCACCAGUGUAUGUGGAGGGUUGAGUUGAAUGGUCCAUGUGAUGGAAUGUUAAUUCCAUAGUUUUUCUAAAGUAGUUCUAGCUUUAGAAGAGAAUUACCAUAGAAUCUUGGUCCAGGGACUUUUGUGGGAAUGCCCUCAUUUCAUGAGGAAACCAAGGCUCAGAAAGAUAAAGGUGCUUCAAAACACUUAUUUGGGUCUUAUGGUUUCUCAAGUUAUAUGAUGCCCCAUUGGUUUGGAGACAUGAUUAUUUAAAACUGAAAUUUGGUGCUUUGUCCUCAUCAGGUCCUGGCUCAACAGUGAUCCACUGAAAAGUAUCAGGUACAAAAUUGUGAAUUUUGACACUAAACUUUUGGAGGGGAAAGUAAAGGAGGAUCCUGACCAAGGGGAAUCCACAAAACCAUUAACCUUUGCAAGGUUCUACUUGCCAAUUCUGGUUCCCAGUGCAAAGAAGGCCAUAUAUAUGGAUGAUGAUGUAAUUGUGCAAGGUGAUAUUCUUGCCCUUUUUAAUACACCACUGAAGCCAGGACAUGCAGCUGCAUUUUCAGAAGAUUGUGAUUCAACCUCUACUAAAGUUGUCAUCCGUGGAGCAGGGAACCAGUACAAUUAUAUUGGCUAUCUUGACUAUAAAAAGGAAAGAAUUCGUAAGCUUUCGAUGAAAGCCAGCACCUGCUCAUUUAAUCCUGGAGUUUUUGUUGCAAACCUGACAGAAUGGAAACGACAGAACAUAACCAACCAGCUGGAAAAAUGGAUGAAACUCAAUGUGGAAGAGGGAUUAUACAGCAGAACACUGGCUGGCAGCAUCACAACACCUCCUCUACUUAUCGUAUUUUAUCAACAGCACUCCACCAUUGACCCUAUGUGGAAUGUCCGCCACCUUGGUUCCAGUGCUGGAAAACGAUAUUCACCUCAGUUUGUAAAAGCUGCCAAAUUACUCCAUUGGAAUGGACACUUUAAGCCAUGGGGAAGGACUGCUUCACAUAUGGAUGUUUGGGAAAAAUGGUAUAUUCCAGAUCCAACAGGCAAAUUCAGCCUAAUCCGAAGAUAUACAGAGAUCUCAAACAUAAAAUGAAACAGAAUUUAAACUAUAAGCUUUUCUCAGGAAAUCUUGCAAGACAGUAUGUGUGGGAAGUAACAGUUGCUAGGCUUCCAUGCCUAUCUGUAACAACCCAUGGAAAAAGAUGUUUCAGCUGGGUAAAGAUAACAAAUUGCCCUGUCUAGCAUCCAGAUAGACUAUAAGUUUCCAUCUGCCUUACCAAGUGUUUUCUUACUAUAAUGUUGAAUUACCAGAAGAAUGGACACAUAUGGUUGAUACAGCUAGUUCAGCUAGCUUACCAGCUAAUUCAAAACUGCUGCUUGGUUUUAAUUUUGUAACCUAUGGCUAUCUGUAAAUAAAACUUACAUUUUUCAAUAGG